AUGAAACACACCUCAGAAGUGGACACCAUCAAGAUCAAAAUGAAGGAGACAUUUCAGUACCGUCGCAAGAUGAUUCAAGACCCAAACAGAAGCACUGAUGUGUUGAAAUUUCCACGCUUCUUGGAUGUUCAAGGCCUGAUUGAACAGGAUUUUGUUUUGCUCUUUGGUGAAAAGACGACUUCUAAGCUUUUAGAAAGGUGGCCAACUACAUUCAUGCACAAAGUUAUUCAGCAAAGCAAAAGUCUUAACUCCUCCCAAGCUCUUCAGGACUUGAUUGACUGUGCCGAAAUGACUGUGAAGGAGAAUGAAAUAGGGGAUGCAGGAUGGAACAGUGACAUUGCUUCUAUUCUUCUUUUACUUCAUUUGAUCCCACCUUCACCACAAGGCAGAAAGAGACCUGGAAAGAUGUCCGCAUCUCAAGCAGAAAAACACCUCGUCAUCUUCAAAAAGGCCGGUACUAACAUACAAGAGCACCUGGACUCAAUUGAAGAAAGCACACAGCCAUACCUGCUUGCCAUGGGUCCAAAGAAGAACAGCAUUCAUGUAUACUACAUCAUUCUCGACAAGAAAGCCAUACCGUGUAAAUCAGUGAGUGGUCUCAGUGCCUUUGAUGAACUUUUCAAAGCGCACUUUGUGUUUGGUGCAUCUUACAGCAAAGUCCUGCACAACAUGUACACCUUUGUACAAACAACAGUUUUUCAGAUUGACAUUGGGAAAGUCAAAGAGUGCCCAAGAGUUGCUGAACUCAGAGCUAGAUUCCUGCGUUAGAUUUGAUUGCUGGGAAAAAUGAUUUGUUUUGUUUGUUUUUGUUGUCUGAAAAACACAAAUGUUCUUGUUCGACAUCUAAAGUUAAUUCAUGGGCUCUUGCCUGGCAAAUCACUUAGACUGAAAUGUGGUGAAGCAGGUUGCUGUUUAGAAUUUGCAACUUUUUCAGGUUUUCGCAAACAUUUAAAAAGAGUUCAUGAAGCAGGUGAAGUUUUGUUAUGUGUAGAGGAUGAUGCUGUUGUUCAUAAUGCAGUUGGGCUACCAAGUAAUACUGAUGUGGCUACAUGUUCAAAGGACAGUUCUUUGCCAGUUCCCAGCAAAAACACUACCGAUUUGUGUGCAUCAGCAAUAGCACAAUUGCAAGCUGCAGGUGUUAGUCAGACUACUGUUGAUACUUUUGUUAUGUCUAUGGAGGAAGUAGUUCAAGACAUCCAGGAUCAAGUAAAAGAGACCGCUAUAAAAUGCUUAUUUUCAGAAAACACGGACAUUAAAAGUUCAAUUGAGCAGUCAUUUCAUGAAAUUGAAAACCCUUUCACCAUGCUUAAUUCCAUAUCUAAACGAAAAUCAUAUUUUACUAAAAAAUGGGGAAUUGUCCAGCCUGUGGAGAAAGUAAUUGGGGUCAGAUUUGACAACAGAAAAAACAGGACUACUGGAACUUAUGAGCAAGUUGCAGUGACUGACAAGUUUGCCUAUGUUCCAAUACUCCAAACAUUACAGAACAUUUUAAAGCACCCAAACACCACAUGCAGGUUCAAGUCAGGUUUACCUAAUAAAAACGGUAUUUACUCUGAUAUUGAAGAUGGACUGUACAUAAAAAGUCAUCCCCUGUUUUCGACUGAAAAAAAUGCACUUCAGAUUCAAUUGUAUUAUGAUGAAUUCGAAACUGCCAAUCCUUUGGGCUCAAAAAAGGGAAUUCACAAAUUAGGCGGUAUAUAUUUUACUUUGAGAAAUUUCCCACCACAAUUUAAUUCAUCUCUAACAAACAUACAUUUAUGUGCACUUUUCCAUGCCCAAGACAUCAAAACAUAUGGAUUUGAUGCAAUAUUGGAACCUAUUGUCAAUGACAUAAAAGUCCUUGAAAACAAGGGUAUACAAGGACCUGCUGGUUUUGUGCGUGGAAGCAUUGUCCAAGUAACGGGAGAUAAUCUUGGUUUACAUGGCCUUUUUGGAUUUGUUGAAUCUUUUAGAGCUCGGAAUAACUGUAGGUUUUGUCUCACUGAAAGGGAAGAUUAUCAAACUGUGUUCUGUGAAGAUGAGCCAAAUGUAACUUUCCGCACCAAAGAAACACACGUACGACACUGUGAAGCUCUACAAUCAGACCCAACACUACAACAUGUUUGUGGUGUGAAACGUACAUGUUUGUUAAACACUCUGCAGUACUUUAAUAUAUCAGACAACUUUUCUGUAGACAUAAUGCAUGAUAUUUUAGAGGGAGUUGCUCAGUUUGAAUUAAAACUUGUUUUAAAGUAUGUUCAAGCUAAUUUUUUGACAGCGAAAGAGUUGGAUGGCAGAUUAAAUUCAUUUAAUUAUGGGUACAUGGAGAGGAGAAAUCGGCCUCCUUCUAUAAAACUGGAUGACGAGAGCAAUGAUUUGGGCAUAAAUGCAAUACAGUGUUGGUGUCUACUUCGAAAUGUGCCGCUGAUAUUUGGUGACAUUGUGCCCCAAGACGAUAAAUACUGGCAAUUACUACUACUUUUACUACAAAUAGUGAACAUUGUAUUUUCUCCCAUUUUAACUGAAGGACUUACUGUUUAUUUGAAACACUUAAUUACUGAGCAUCACAGGCUGUUCAAGUGCUUAUUCCCAGGAAAGAAUCUGCUGCCUAAACAUCAUUUAAUGUGUCACUACCCUCGGUGUAUACGAAAUAUUGGGCCUAUUGUUCACAUGUGGUCAAUGCGAUACGAGUCCAAACACAAUUUCUUCAAGACUCAACCAAAAUGUUUCAAGAACAUAACUAAGACGCUUGCCAAAAAACAUCAGAAUUUCAUGGCAUAUAACUGGGAAGCCUUUAACCAUGACAGAAUUGUACUUGGACCAGGAAAGAAUGUGUGUGUCAGUGACUUGAAUGAAAGUGUUCAGAUUGCAUCUAAGUUGAACAUUCCUACAGAAACAAAUGUUCUCUCAGUGAAAUGGGUGAAGUAUAAUGGAACUGAAUAUCGUUCUACCUUAGUUAUUUGUGGUCAGGUAGACCUUGAUUUGCCAGUGUUUUAUAAAAUCAGGGAUAUUAUUGUCAGAAAUGAAUGCGUGUUACUGGUUACAUCGCAGCUCAAAACUGUUUGUUUUGAUGAACAUCUUUUGGCCUACAGAAUUGAUCACAGACCCAGCGCAUCUCUGAAAGUGUUUACUGUCAAUGAACUCACUUAUUACAAACCUUUUGAUGUGCAGAUGUCCUAUGGGUCUGAUAAUUUCUUUUGUUUUGUUGUACCCUACUGUAAUCUUAUUCAAAUUUAGCUGUCACUUGUUCAUGUCUCUGUGAAGUUAAUGAGUUUGUUUUAUCCAUUUUGUAUUUCUGUGCAACCCCUCAUGAAUUUGACUGAACUGUUGAAUGUUGUUUUAAAGUAGCCACUUUGCCCAGUUUUUAAAUAAAAAAUAGUUGU